UCGUUAAUAAAAUUUACAUCUAAGACAUGAAAAAGCCCUGGUACCUUCAUAUACAAAAACUCCGUUCUAAAACUCCCUUAAAAAAUCUCUCCCACUCCCCCUGCUUCCAUUCGAUUCAGGCAACAACAAGACGAACUUUGAGGAGUACUUUUUGAUAAACUUUUAUGAUUUUUUUUAUAUUUAGAGGUUAAAUGGUAAAAUUAAAAGAACCACAUCGCUGGAGUUAAAUUGAUGGAGGAAAUAGCCGAGACCUCGAUUUUACUUAAUGCGGGGAAAAUAGCUCCAGCUCACGGAAUUGAUGGGAGAAUCCUAGAGUUUUUUGAAAUUUGCAUCCACCAGCUUGUUUUUUUGCACCGAUUGUAUCCCAUUGGGAUAUUCUCAAAGAAACAAAAAUAUGGGAUAGCAAUUCAUACCUCUGAGCAUCCCGAGUUAAAUUCGUACAUCAAGAAAUGCCUUAGCACUGCUCAAGACUUAAUCAGAACGGGAGACUUUGAACAACUGAUAAUUGUGUUCAACAAACCUGACGAGACACCUUUUCGAAAAUUCACUUUUGCCUUAGAGGGUCUGUCAAAAGACACAACGGAAUCAGUGAAUAGGAACGAUUUUACGAGUCUAGAGCUGAGCUUUCGAGAUGCCGUUUUAAGACUGGUCGGUUGUGACCGAAAAAUGGAAACAUUCCAUAAAAUCCCUGAGGGCAGUUCUUUUAAAAUUCUAAUUGAAACGUCAGAAGACAGCUUUAUCAAUAUGUGCAAUGCACCUUCUUCCAAAGAUGAAUAUGAAUUCCCGUGGGUCCAAAGUGAGGGGAAAGUAGCCAGCGCGACGUACGAUCAGCUCAUUCCCAUUUCAUCAGUUGAGACUCGAAAUUUGUCUUUACAAAUUAUUGCUCACGAAUCACUCAUGGUUUCUGCUGAAGAAAACAAUCAUAAAUCACAAAAUAGUAGUGUGAUAACGGAUGAGGAAAAUAACACUGCAAUGUCCGAAGAAUAUUAAAAAUAAAAUUUUGUAAAUUUUACCAAGGUAAUUUGUGCGCUUAUACAAAUGAUACUUAAUAAAUUUAAUCGAAUAAAUUA